AUGGCAUUAUCCUACUCCUUCCCCUUCUUUCAUUCCCUCCCCUCACUCGUCUCUCCUUUGCGAGCCGCCGUCGAGCAGGACGCCGUCUCGCUGGUUCGCCGCGUCGCCCGGGUCCUCAACUGUUGGAUCUUCGACCUCGUUGCCCUCCUCUUCCGCCACAAGAGCGCGGGGUCCUUGGGCGCUGUCGCCGGAUUCGCCAUCGCCGUUGUCUUCGCGUGGAAGUUCCUGCGCUCCUCCUCGCCCGUGCGGCUCGGCGGCUGCACAAGGGUAUGUUCUCUUCCUCUUGCUCGGUGCUCUCCAGUGCUGGGUUGUAUGGAGAUCAGAUAUGUAUUGAAACUUACAUGGUGCAAUUGCAAUGCUAAUGGUCGAUGA